UGUGCACCUAAAAGUAGCUUGCAAUCCGCCAUUAACCAAAAGAAGAAGAAGUGCGCCGCGACUCGGGUGUGUUUUCCUGUAGGUCAGAGUCAGGAGGACCCUCAGGAGCCCCGCGCGCGUCGUGUGUUCGUGACCGCGGAGGAGAGCGAUGCGUCCGGCGCAGGAGAGCGGGGCAGCGGGCGGCGCGGCGGACUCGGCCUCGGCCUCCAGGGGCCCCGGGCUCCGCGGGGUCACGACCACCUCGCUGUUCCGCGCGCUCAACCCCGAGCUCUUCAUCAGACCCGCAAAACAAGCCGGUGAUGGCCGUGGGUCUGCUGAGCCUCACGCUGUGUGUGGGGUACCUGGGCUACCUGCACGCGCUCCGGGACGACCGGCAGCAGCUGUACGAGGCGGUGGACGGCCAGGGAGAGAGACGCAUGAGGAGGAAGAGCUCCCGCUGGGACUGAGGAGGAGGAAGAGGAGGAGGAGCUCCCGGUGGGACUGAGGAGGAGGAGGAGGAGGAGAGGAGGAGCUCCCAGUGGGACUGAGGAGGAGGAGGAGGAGGAAGAGCUCCCCAGCCUGCGCUCACUCACUCUUCAUUCACUCCAGACAUGUGUAUUAUAACACGGACCUGUGCUUUGGGUUCAGUAAAACGUCUACGUUUGAAUCUCUGUAGUUGCGCACUAGCGGAGAGGACAAAUAAAGUUUAAAAAGAAUUUAAUUUCUGUAAAUAUUUCUGUUUGAGUUGGGAACAAUGUGUUUAAUCCAGCGCUGUCAAACAAUUAAUUGUACCCAAAAUAAAAGUUUUUAUUUGUGUAAUAUA